AUGGUGUGGCUCCUAGAUCAAGAGUAUGACAGGGAUCACCGGGCUUUUCAUAUGACGGAGAGGAGAACGGAUCUUCACCCUUUGAAGAUUCGUUACCAUGGCACAGUGGAUAUAGCGUAUGACGAGAGGUACACGGAGUUCAUCGAGCCUACCGGUCUUCUCCCGUUCAUAUCGCUUGUAAGCCGUGGGGGGCCGAACAUGAACGCCGCGGCACUCACCGCCCUUGUCGACCGGUGGAGGCCGGAGACGCACACCUUCCACUUGAGGGCCGGCGAGAUGACCCCUACUCCUCAGGAUGUUUCCAUGAUCCUUGGACUUCCUAUUCAGGGCGAGCCACUGUGUAUGAACACAGCUUCUGAUGGGUGGCGCCAGCAGAUGGAGGCGCUUAUUGGCAUGACUCCUCCGGCGCCAGCAAAUCCAAAGGAGAGAGCUCCCGCCGGCGCAGCUUUCUCUUGGAUUAGGGUUAACUUUGGAGAAUGCCCGGAAGGGGCCAACGAGGAUACCCGAGUGUACUUGUGGUACAUGAUUUCGAGGACUCUCUUUCCUGACAGUGGUGGGAAGUUGGCCCAUUGGUGUUGGCUGAAGGCGCUUACGAUGUUGGAGCACCGGUGGAGUUGGGGAACAGCGGCACUUGCCUACCUCUACCGGCAGGUGAAGAUUUGUUGCAUGUACUAUUCUUCUAUAGUGGCCUCCACGCAACCUGGCAUCACCGGUGGCAGCGGCACACCUGCCAAGAGGACGCAGGCCAUGGAUUCUGACGACCGCGGCCAAUUCAAUGGAUUAGAUGAUGUGAAUUUUGCAAUCGGGUUGUGCAAUUUCAUGAAAAAAGAGCAACCGCCAGAAGCCAAGCUCCAGCUACAGAUCCGCCUUAGCAUGCUCCAGCUGCAGCUCCACCUCGCCAUGCUCAAGCUACAGCACAACCUCGCCAAGCUCCAGCUGCAGCACCAACUCGCCAAAGCUUCAGAUGCACGACAAAAGCUCCCUUCCAUGCGUGGACAAGGGCAGAUGCAUUACACCAAUACCCGACUGUAUGGUUCCUUCACAACAAGUAAUGGCCAAGGACAGAAGCAUGAGCAACACAAUUAG